AUGGGUGGAUCUCUUUUGGAUCUGAAAUCGAGGUCUCCUAAGUCUUUGCAGAAUAAAAAUACGAAGAAGUUGUCUUUGAAGAUAAAUAAUGAGAGUUCAAGUAGUAAUAAGGUUGUUAUGAUAGAGUCAUUGGAAAGAUCACAACAACAACAGCAGCAGCAGCAGCAACAGAAGCAAGCAUCGUAUGGUAAUUUUCCGUUAUUAAAGACACGAAGUGAUGCACAGAUAUAUACUUUACCUUCAUUUUCUGGUGGUGCUUCUGUGCCUGCUUUGAAGGGUUCAGCAAGGCGCUCCCUAUUACAGUCGAAUGAGAAUGGCGGCUUAUAUCAUCACGGCCAGCCCUUGAGGCUUACUGUGGAGAUCACGUCUUUUAAGCGGCCAGUACCGCGUAUUGGGUCGGAGAAGGUACGAUGCAAGUCUUUGCCCACGUUGUCGUUAAAAUCCAGAGACGCAGUGUCUGGUAGGGGGUCUAUUUCUGACGGAAUGUGUUCCCCUCGGACCUUUAAAGCUGUGAACACAGUAGCCAGCACUAAUGCAGAUCCUGUGACUGCAACGAGGUCGUGGGUUUUCCAGAGGAAUGGUACUCCGGUUGAUACGAACCCAAUUAAUAAUGUAUACAAUCAUGAGGAUGCAGCAGAAUUAUGUGAUGAUGAUGAUGAUGAUGACGACGAUUACGAUAUAGAAAAUUAUUCUUUCAGUUCGUCAAUGCACAGCUACACUUACGUUUUUGAUGGAAAUGUAUAUCCUGGUGAUCCUCUAUGUGUUGUUGAACCCGGCAUAUUUCUAUAUUCCGAGCCUACUUUAGAACAGGUGCUGGAAUUUGAUCUAGUUAUAAAUGUUGCUAAAGAAAUCAACAACCUUAGAUCACAGCUUCCUGACAAUUCAACUACUGAAUACCAUCAGUUCAGAUGGUCGCAUACAAGUAAAAUUUGUGGGAAUUUGGAAGAAUUGACCAAGUUGAUGCACGAUGCUGUUUUGCAAAAUAAAAAGGUUCUUGUACAUUGCCAAUGUGGUGUUUCGCGUUCAGCAUCACUCAUAGUAGCUUAUAUCAUGAGGUACAGGAAAAUGUCACUCAAUGACGCUUAUAAUCAUCUCAAGAACAUUGCCAAAGACAUCAGUCCAAAUAUGAACUUAAUUUUCCAAUUGAUGGAAUGGGGUGAGUGUCUCAAAGGCAAUGAAUCACAGGCUAAUAAUAGGGGAGACUCUUCCUCCUGUCGUCAACUAGUUGGUGACGUUCAUGAUCAUGGCCUGGCGAAUAUCGAACAACGCGUUGAUAACGCCAAUACAGCUACACACGUAGACCACGAAUGCUCUAUUUCUCCACGUGACCACCAGAAACCUUCCCUGUCUAGCCCGAACGGAUCUAGUGUUAUAUCUGCUGAAGCUACACCACGUACUCCCAAAGAUUUCAUUAAUACUUCAAUCCCCACCUCCUUUGCAGGCAAUAUGAGUGGAAAUCUCCCGCCAGGUACGCUAGGUUCUACAACAUCCACAACUCCAGAAACUACGGCCCCUUCUACAAAUUCUACUGAAAAUGACAGGUUAACCCUAAAGAAGGACCUAUGCAUGCAAUAUUCACUGGUCCUAGAUGCAUACCCUCAACCUCCAUCAGAUAUCGUCGAAGAAAACUGGUGA